CGCGAUAAAUGCUGUGUUCCCACUUACGACAGUGAAAGCCUGUUUUUUCCAUUACACGCAAUGCAUUUGGAGAAAGACACAGGGAUGUGGGUUAGCUGCGCGUUACAAACAGGACGAUGAACUGAGAAAGUUGGUAAGUGUAAUUAUCUAACAUUAGUCAUAAAAGUUCCACCUUCCCGCUUUUCUCGAAAAUUACAUCAAAUCUAAACAGAUCGCAGCCUCUAUAAUAAUUAUAUAGUUCAAAUUCUUCUAAUUUCAAAAAUGUAUUGCAUGUAUGUUUUCCAUUCCGUAAAGGUAAGAAGAGCUGCUGUCCUACCCUUGGUUCCGACCCGACAAGUGGAAGACGUUUGGUUCAAUGCUCUUGAUGAAAAUGAGGACAACAGCCCAGAGGUUACCCGUUUCAAGGACUAUGUCACAGAAACGUGGGUGGAAGGACAGCAGCUGGACCUGUGGAACCACUAUGACAACACAGGGCCUCGUACAACUAAUCAUGUAGAAGGAUGGCACAGUAAAGUAAACAGGAUGUGCAAGCAUGCACACCCGAACAUUUAUGCGAUUGUAAAGUUGCUCCAGAAAUUACAGGCUGCUGACGAGGUUAGGAUGAUUCAACUGCCUGCUGGAGGAAAAUCACGUCCAAGAAAGAAGAAGUAUCGACGUUUGGAUGAGCGCCUUACUCAGCUCAAGGACAGGUUCCAGAACGGACAUAUUAAUGUGAACACGUAUGCUGAUUCAGCAUCCCACUUACUCCAUUUAGACUGAGAUAGUGUAUGAUAUGGUCAACACGUGCAUGUUGAUUCAGCAUCUCAAAAACUGUUUAGCUCAGGUCUUCAAGAUUGACCCAAAAUUUUAGUGCUUUAUAUAUGUCAUAUUUAUAUGUAUUAAUUGUCUUUUAGAGGUACAUGCA